AUGGCAAACGAACGCAUCGCCUGGAUCGGCCUGGGCAACAUCGGCCGCGGCAUGUCCCGCAACAUCGCAACCAAAGGCCCGCAAACCGCCCCAAUCACCCUCUACAACCGCACCACCUCGCGCACGGAGUCCUUCGCCGCCACGCUCCCCGCCGACCGCGCCACCGUCGCGCCCACCCUCCCCGCCGCCGUCUCCUCCGCGACCAUCAUCUUCAUCUGCGUCGGCGACGACCCGGCCCUCGACGCGAUCAUCACCACCCUCACCACGACCGAAGACCUGGACCUGACCUCCAAAAUCCUAGUUGACUGCUCCACCGUUCACCCGGACACCUCCCGGCGCAUCGCCGCCACCCUAACCGAAAAGGGCGCCAGCUUCCUGGCGUGCCCGGUCUUCGGGGCCCCCGCCGCCGCCGACGCGGGGCAGCUGGUCGUCGUCCCCGCGGGGCCGCAGGAGGCCAUCGACCGCAUCUCCCCUUUUCUUGAAGGCGUGGUCGCUAAAGCGGUGGUCCCGAUGCCCGGAUCAGACGUGGGGCGGGCCACCACCCUCAAGGUUCUGGGCAACACCUUCAUUUUGAAUACGGUCGAAAGUCUAGCGGAGGGGCUGGUGGCGGCCGAGAAAUCCGGUCUCGGGGCGGGAGUGUACCAGGAGUUCAUCCAUCGGAUGUUCCCCGGCCCGUUCGCGGCGUACGCGGAUCGGAUGUGCAGCGGGGAUUACUUCAAGCGCGAGGAGCCGCUGUUCGCGGUGGAUCUGGCCAGAAAGGAUCUGCGGCAUGCGGGGAGUCUGGCGGCGGCGGCGGGGAUGCGGUUGCGCAGUGUGGAGGUGACGGAUGGGUAUUUGCAGGAGGUCAAGAGGGAGAAGGGCGAGAAGGGGGAUAUUGCGGCAGUUUAUGGGGCCAUCCGGAAAGAGGCCGGGUUGGGUUUUGACAACUGA